AUGGGCGCUCUCCUAUCCAUACCCAUCAUAUCAGGUGGCGGAGCCCUCGCUUCCACCCUCUGCUCAGGAUGCGCAGUCUUCAUGGGGGGCACCGCAGCAUCGGCUUUCUGCAAGUCGUGCAACUGCAACUCGUCCAUCGCGACCCGCGUCGGCUUUGGCCUCAUCUUUGCCCUGUCGUCCAUGCUAGCAUACUUCUCCCGCACCGACAUUGCCAUCCGCUGGCUAGAGAAGAUUAGCUGGGACUGGAUCAAGAUGGACUGCUCGGGAGGCAAAUGUUAUGGCCUCUUGGCCGUCCAUCGGUUCUGUUUUGCCCUCGCCCUCUUCCACAUCAUCCACGCCUUUAUCCUUAUCGGUGUCCGCUCGACCAAGGCCAAGCGCGCCGCCGUCCAGAAUGGAUGGUGGGGUCUCAAACUGCUGGCAUAUUUCGCCCUGCUGUUCAUCUCCUUUUUGAUCCCCAACGAAUUCUUCAUGUUCUACGGCAGCUACAUUGUGCCCAUUGGUGCAUUUGCGUUCAUCCUCAUCGGCCUCGUCCUGCUCGUUGACUUUGCCCACACUUGGUCCGAGACAUGCCUCGACAACUGGGAACGCACCGACUCCAACCUGUGGCAGUUCAUCCUCGUCGGCUCGACGUUUGGCAUGUACCUUGCGUCCAUUGCCGUGACGAUUGUGCUGUACGUCUUCUUCUCGGGCGCGUCGUGCGGCCUCAACACGUUCUUCAUCACGGCCAACCUCGUCCUCAUGAUCCUGGCGACCAUCCUCGCCAUCUCGGGCCCUGUCCAGGAAGCCAACCCCAAGUCGGGCCUUACCCAGGCCGCCAUGGUCGCCGCAUACUGCACAUACCUGACGUCGUCAGCCGUGGUAAACCACACCGACGACGGGCACUGCAACCCCCUCCAAAAGGCCACUGGCGGAACAAAGACCACCACCGUCGUCCUCGGUGCGCUCUUCACAUUCGUAGCCAUUGCCUACUCGACCACGCGCGCUGCGACCCAGUCCAAGGCCCUCGUCGGCAAGGGUCACCGCGCCGGAGCCAUCUCUCUCCCGAGUGACGAGGCAGAUGACGGCGAGGUUCGCCUCAUCACCAACCAGCCCAAGGGCCGCCGCGACGAGAUGCGCUACCAGGCCAUUCUGGCGGCUGUCAAUGCCGGAUCGCUGCCGGCCUCGGUCCUCGACGAGCCCGAGGACGACGAUGAUGAGAUUGACGCUGCAAUGGGCGAGGAGCGCGACGACGAGCGCACGGGCACAAAGUACAACUACUCGUGGUUCCACGUCAUCUUCGCCCUCGCGGCCAUGUACGUCGCCGGCCUGCUGACCGACUGGGCCGUCAUCUCCACCUCGCCCGUCGCCCACCCAGACCCGGACACCACGCCCGUCGAGGAUUUCUUCUCGUCCAUGGCCGAGCCGGACGUGUACAUUGGCCGCUCAGAGGCCACCAUGUGGAUGCGCGUCGUCAGCAGCUGGAUCUGCUACGUGCUGUACUCUUGGAGCCUUGCCGCGCCCGUGCUCAUGCCCGACCGUUUCGGUGACGAGUAG